AACUGUUUGAGUGUUGAAUUCCAUCUCCAAACAUAAAAAUACAAAGUAACAGGCCUACAAAAUAUUCUCCUUAAAGAAAAUGUAUACAUUUUAAAAUAUUUUAAAGUUAAUAAUGAUAUUAUUGUUAGAUUCUAAAUAGAUUUUUAUAUUAAUGAUGUGCCACCAUUAACUAAAUGUGUUAUUAUCAUGAAAAUAAUGCGAACAUAUUAGCUAAAGCUCAACUGAAGUUUUAAAGCAUGUUCAGGUCGGACGCAGAAAACUGCAACACCACGACCCCCCGCCCUCCCCUUUCGCUCGCGCUCAGCCUCUCCGCCCAGUCAUUCAUGCAUAUUUGGUCUUCCGGAAGUAUCUCAGGGUCGGCCCAGUCAGUGCCUGCGCGAGCUGACUCGUGGGGUCGACGUGAGAGCAUCUGCCAAAGCCGAAGACUUUUGGACAACGGACUGGUGUCAAGAAGGGCAGCAAAGAAGCCACUUCUCUCCAAGAAAAAUGUCAAGGACAGACUGAAAUUCUGCAGGAAGUACAAGUACUGGACGGCAGAAGACUGGUGCAAAGUGUUUCUUUGAUGAAGCUCCCUUCAGACUGUUUGGGACAUCUGGAAAAUCAAUUGUUCAGAGAAUAAAAGACUAAUGCCUUAGAUGAGUAGACGGUCCUGACUGAUGGCAGUAGCAGAGACAUGGGGGAAAAUCAGCAGUUACAUCAGAUGGGAAAGGAACUGGCAAUGGUGCCAUUACAUGGAUUAUGCAAGAUUGUGUGGCACUGUCAGGCAAUAUUUCAGUAUUCUCUCAGGUUAUAAUGAACAGACUUACUCCAUGAGUAUUGAACAAUAAGAUUUCUUCUCUACUGCUGAAUGUACAGAAGUUGCUAUGCGCAAACAACAAACAUUGGACAGGAUAGGUGAGACCAUUCCACAUAUUAAGUGGACUGAUCUUACUGCCACCAAAGAAAGCCAAAUGUCUCUGGGUCAGGAAAGUGAGUUAUCAGAUGAGGGACUCUCAUUGAGGACUGAGUAUAAGGACAAAGUGACCCCAGGUGUGUUUCUUGUUCCACCACAAGAUCAGACGGAAGUUAUAAAGGAUUACAGCAAGCAGAUCUCGCCCAAAAAUGAAUCGGACCAGACGAGUCUUCAUGAAAACCAGACUGUUGAAGAUAAAUUAGCCCAUUUUCAUGAGAACACAAGGAGUCUACCAACAAACAUGCAGCUGAUAUCCAAGAUACAGUCUGAUAACUCUACGACAGAAGCUUGUGAGGUAACAACCAAAGCUACAAACAUUGAUAACAUCUCAUCCAAUGAUUUACUAGAGAUUAAGGUUCAACGACAAUCUAUUUUAAAUAAAGGUUUUCAUAAUGACGAACUACUCUCACCUGGUGGAGGCAAUCACACAGGCAAGGAGUUGUGUAUUGAGAAUAAAACACAGGUUGUUGAUGUGGCACAUGCAAGAGGGAGUAAACUUAUGAUGGACCUAAAUGCAAAAAAAGAAAAAUUAGAAUAUAAUAAAGACUGCAUUGAAGAUCAUAACACACACAUUUUAUGUAAUGUAAGAGAGGAGAUACUUGAUAUAAGAAGUAACAUGGCAGUGACAAGUUCUUUGGGACAAUAUGAAGAAGACCUGGUAUUAGAUUUAAGCCUACCAAAAAAGAAAGACCGAAAUAAGGAGAGGAAGUGUGAAUGGGUUGUAGACCCUGAAUAUGAAGGUUCACUUCAUAUGGAAGUUGAUGAAAUUGAGGAGGAGCCUCAACAUGUAGAAGUGGAGCAGGAGGAUGAUAAUGAAAUUCGCUGCAUUUCAUCAGUAAGUGACACUCAUACAUAUCUGCCUCAGCAUUGGGAUGGACAUCUUUCCUCCUCUUCGCUUGAAGCUAUGCCAACUACAUCGUAUCCCAACAUCAAAACCCCAGAUCCGAUGGAUACACUACUUAUAGAUGAUCAGGGCAUUCCUUACACACUUACAGCAGAUGGACAGAAAGUUCCACAAAUUGAUAAUAUGCAACAUGCAGAGGACCUCUCUACACAAACAGAUCUAAGCCCAGGGCAAGCUGAAGAUAAGCCCUUAUUCACUGCUGAUGUACAGGAUAUUGCAGACUCCAGACUACAAACACUAACCAAUUCACUGUGUCCAAAUAUGUCUAUAGGCCAUGUCUCAGUGGAAACCUCACAAGUUGCCCCAAACCAGGAGCCACAAUCUUCUUACAGUUCUGUAGCUCUUGAUAAACCCUCCAACAUGCCUGCCAUGUCUGACUUGACAUCAGUUCCCAUUCAGAUUGUGGCUAAUACUACUGGGUCAAACACUCCCAUUCUUCUUCUUCCUCCAUCUCAGCUUCAGUCUCUUUCCUCACAGGCCUCUAAAGCUAACCCAGGGCUAAUUACCCUUUCCUUACCACUUCCUCUGAGUCAGAACACUCAGUCCUCCCCCAUGUUCUUAGUUUUGUCAUCUCCUCAGGUGUCCUCAACUCAGAAUUCGUCUUCGCCUGGGCAGUUAUCUCAAAUUUCCUCUUCUUCCACUGUUGCACUUCCCAUAGGAUCUUGUCCACUUGAUUUGGGAUCUACAUUAAGUUCACGUCCGUCACUUCUCAGCCUCAGUACAGUAUCCUCUGCCACAGCUACAGAGAUCUCAGGACUGAAUAACCCUUCUAAUCUUCCUGUUAGCCCUACCUCAGAUUCCUCUAGCACUUCCACAGUGACCUCUACAAGUCCAACCAAGCAAUUCAGCACUGAUGCCUACUCCGACACAUCAGUGCCCACUUCCUUUCGGGAAGCCCUUCUCAGAUUGGCUGUGUCUGUGGAGAAGAAACAAGAAAACCCGCCUGAGACACAUUUGGUCACUACUCAUUCAUGUUCUGAAGCCACCAAGCCGGAUUCCUCUGCCAUAGUCCAUGAAAGUAAAAAUAAAGAGACAGAGGUAAACUGUGAUGGUGAGACUGAGUCUACCUCGGUAGACCAAACAGACUCAUUAGAUACCACCUCUUCUACGUCACCCAUUCGUCCCGUAUCACCCGGAGUUUUAAUCAGUGACCCAAAGAACCAAGAAUUAGGCCCUCGUCGCAUUCUUUACUGUCAGUACUGUCCGCGGAUCUUUUACUAUCUUUCGGACCUUGAGCGCCAUUCCAUCACACACUCCCAAAGCAAACCCCAUGUAUGUCACCUUUGUGGCAAGGCGUUCAAAAGAUCAAGCCAUCUUGAGCGACACAAACACAUCCAUACAGGUCAGAGAAACUUUGUGUGCCAGCUUUGCCCAAGGCGUUUUCGUGAAUCAGGGGAACUAAUGAGGCACCAGAGAGUACACACCGGUGAGAAACCCUUCCAGUGCUUAAUAUGCCACAUGCGUUUUGCAGAGCGCAACACACUGAGACGUCACACGAAACGCAAGCACCAAGGCCAGCAGCUGGAGGCGAUAGACAUGAAGGCAAAGCCAGAAAGUGGAGGGAUUUCCCUUGCUGGUAUACAAGGAGAGCCAGAAGAGAAUGCAGAGUGGUACAGUUCAACAGUUCCCGAAAUGGAGUCUGACAGUGACACAGGGGGAGAAUGAGAACUACAUGGAAGGCAUAUUAUUGUCUAUAUUUCAUUCCAUUAACUCUCGAGACCUUUACUGGUGAUGACUGAACUAGGCAAUAUUUAACUUCGGAUUCAUUCUAAUAAGCUUCAGUUAUUGAGUUAGACCUCUUGAUGAAAUACAUUUGUUUUGAUUCUUUACUUUGAAUAACUUUGAAAUACCCUUAUUUGCUUAUUUAUUGUUCUCAUUUCAGUUUUUCGCAUAUGCAGCAUCUUUCUUCAAGGGUGUGAUGUAGUUACUGUAAAAGACUAAGAGGCUCAUUAUUGUUAUUUAUAAUUUUGUAUUAUGAUCUCUUGAAGUCAAGGAUUAUUGCAUCAGUAUAUCUAGGUCCAUUAAUGACUAGGCCCACAAGAAAUUUGUAGCCACAAAAAUCCACAUAAUUGGAACAUACUUAAUUCUCAAAGUUCUUCUACACAUCUUCCUCUCUUUUCAUUGUGAUACUCCACCUGACCUGCAGGGGACAGUAUGGGGUUGUGUCCUCUUUAAACUUUUAAACUUGCAUCAUACAGAUCUUCUGACCUGGCAUAGCCAUUGUUGUCAUUUACACAUUUGUUUGGCAUUCUUCACCAUUUAGUUGUAGCGUUUACAGGUUAGCACAUUGUCUUGUUUUCAUAUAUUCUGUAGAAUUCUCCAGAUUCCCUUCAAAAUGGAGAGGAAAGAAAACUUGCUUGAUAAAAAAGGUUUAAAGGUUCAGACACUGAUUAAUUUUGCUGAUUAAUUUUGUUUAUGUAAUUUGCCAUGUAAAUAACAAAACAUUGUGCACGGACUGGACACCUUGGGCUAAUCUAAAGUUCUGUUGGUUAAAUUUCAGAUUUGAUUAAGAAUCUGAAUAUUUGCACACACUAAUUAAAGCUUGUCAAGCCCUUCUGUUUUCCAGUGGUUCUCAUGCUUAAUUAACUUUGCUCUAGGCUCACGGCACAGCACAUAUUCUGCAUGCAGUGGAAGUGUUUCCAGCUGCUGAAUGAUAUCACUAAAUUUGGUUUGCACACUUGUUUACAUAUUACUUCAUUCAUAUACAGAUUGGUUUAGUGUUUUUAUUAAGAUCAUUUUACAAUAGAUUUAAAACACAUUAAAAAAAUAUUCAGUUCCUUCUUACAAAUUAAUGAUGAAUGCUCAGAAUGUGUUAGCUUAGAAU